UCCGAGCGCUUUUAGGCGAGGCUCCCGCUGCUCCUAAGCGCAGCGGUUCCUCGGGGCCUUCUAGGAACUAUAGAAGAUUUCCCCGGAGCCAGAGGAAGACCGAGUAGCGAGCUCGGGGCAGGAUCGGAGGGACCGGAGCCCGCCCGGAGCCCGCGAAGGCUCGCGGCUGUCCAGCAGCCGGGCGAGGCCGCCGGGCAUCACGGGGCUGCAGGCCUCGGGGCGGGCAUCCUGGGAAGGAGAGGUGUGAGCAUGCAAAAAUCGGAUCGCAAGCGAGGAGCUGGGACUGGUCCACUCAGAGCUGCUCCUGGGCGUGCGUUCCCUCGAGCAGUUGCUUCGUGUGUGAUGCUGGCUGCAGGGUCCUUUCCUUCCACAAUGUGUCUGUGACUGACCCCAUUCUUCCUCACCCAGCCCUUCGAUCAUCAUUCCUGGCCCUUUCUUGAGAGCACCUGAAAAUGGACAGUUCCCAGAGAUCAAUUUCCUUCAAGGAUUUGACUGUGGCCUUCACCCACCAGGAGUGGCGGUACCUGAGCCCCGCGCAGCGCCUCCUGUACAGGGACGUGAUGCUGGAGAACUACAGGAACUUCAUCUCAGCGGGGUUUUGUGUUAGCAAACCAGAUGUGAUCUUAAAACUGGAGCAAGGCAAAGAGCCUUGGAUAGUGGAAGAAUCGCCAAGUCAGAGCCAUGCAGGGAAGUGUGAAGACCGAACAGAAGAUGACGAUGCCUUAGAGAAGGACAAGGGAAUACAAGACAAGCAUUUGAAGCCAGUUUUAGCCUGCAGUAACAAAACAAUGCCAGAAAAAGCUGCUCUGUUUGAGAAAACAGUUGCUCCAGACAUGAAUACUGUUUCUUCAGAAAAAAUGCUUCAUAAGUAUGAUCCAGGUGGAAAUGACUUGAAAACUAAUUCAGAAAAAACUGUCGCAAAGCAAAGCAAAGCAAAUGCAAAGGUACUUGCUGAGCCCCAUGGGUAUGAGAAGCCACCGCUCCACACGAAGGCUGACAAAGGCCAUUCUGGGACAGAACAGGACAAACAAAAUGAGAUUAGGGACGUUAGGGGUCAGGGUGAAGAUCUUACCAAAGACCAGAAUGUCCAGUCUGUAAGUCAACCCUCCGAACACGACAAGGGCGGGAAGGGCGGGAAGCCCACCCUCCAGCAGUCAGCCCCCUCUGCGGGAAUGGAGGAGUGUGCGGAGAGGAAGCGGAACGAGUGUGCAGAGUGCAGGAAAACCUUCUCGAAGAGGUCCACCCUCAUUGUGCACCAGAGGAUUCACACGGGAGAGCGGCCCUACGCUUGCAACUACUGUAGGAAAACGUUCCGUAUAAAGGCAAGCCUCACUCGACACCAGCGGAUUCACACUGGGGAGAGACCCUAUAAAUGCAAAGAGUGUGGGAAAGCCUUCAUCGACAAGUCUGCCCUCAUCGUGCACCAGAAAAUCCACGGCGGGGAGAAGUCCUAUGAGUGUAACGAGUGCGGGAAGACCUUCUUUCGGAAGUCAGCCCUGGCUGAGCAUUUCCGAUCACACACCGGGGAGAAGCCUUACAAAUGCAAGGAGUGUGGGAACGCCUUCGGAAAGAAGUCCUACCUCAUUGUGCACCAAAGAACCCACCGAGGAGAGAGGCCCAACGAGUGUAAGGAGUGUGGGAAAACCUUUUUCUGUCUGUCAGCCUUGACGGCGCACCAGAGAAUCCAUACAGGGGAGAAACCGUACGAGUGUACAGAGUGUGACAAGACCUUCUUCUGCCAGUCGGCCCUCAAUGUGCAUCUGAGAAGCCACACCGGGGAGAAGCCCUAUAAAUGCCGCCAGUGUGGCAAGUUUUUGUGCACGAAGUCUGCCCUCGUCGCGCACCAAGUGAUCCACAGAGGAAAGAAGACUUUCGAGUGUAAUGAGUGCGGGAAGCUUUUCUACCUUAAGACAACACUCACGAUACACCAGAGAACUCACACCGGAGAGAAGCACGGCGCGCUUAGUAAGUGGGGCCGCCCGCCUGCCACAAAGUCAAACUGCAGUGAGCAGAACAGGGCGGACACAAAGGAGAGUCACUACGAGUGUCACGAGCACAAGCGCACAGUCCACAAAAGCUCACGCCGCUUUGCACAUAAGAGAACCAUAUGGGAGAGACCGUACGAAUGUCCCGAGUGUGGGAGGACCUACUGCCGGAAGUCAGCUCUCCGGCACCAUCAGAAGACACACACAGGAGAGAGGCCCUAUGAGUGUAAAGAGUGUGGGAAAACCUUCUGCCAGAAAGUCUCCUUUACCGAGCAUCAGCGAACUCACACUGGGGAAAAACCACAUAAGUGCAAAGAGUGUGGAAAGUCUUUCCGCCAUAAGUCAGCGUUCACAGUGCAUAAGAGGAUUCACACCGGAGAGAAACCGUAUUCAUGUAACGAAUGUGGGAAAAGCUAUCGUCGGCUCUGGACUCUGACUGAGCAUCAGAAAAUACACACAGGGGAGAAGCCCUAUGAAUGUAACACAUGCAAGAAAACAUUUCGCCAUAAAUCAAACUUCCUUUUACAUCAGAAAACUCACAAGAAGUGAAUUCCAAUAAGGCAACAGAUAAUUUACGUACUGCUCAAAUCCUGGAUUGUGCAUCAAGGAGUGAGACCUUGUCAGCAUAUGGGUGAUCAGGGGAUUUUCUGCCGACGUCAGCCCCUAACACCGGAGAGCUCACAUAGGCAACAUACAGUUUAUUUUAUGAAUGUCAGACUUUCAGUGUUACAAUGCAAACAUUCAGCAUUUCAGACACUACACCGGGUGUGCCUGCCUCCCUUCCAAAUCCUGAGACAAAUACGAGUCCUACCUGAUUACCCUCCACAGUCAGUUUACAUAGCGUGUGUUGCCAGACAUGAGCAUCUAGUCUUGAUACACCAGAGCUCUACCAGUUGUCCCUGUGAUAACUGAAUGGUUUCUGUUUAUGAGUUUACCGUAUUCACAGCUCAGACGGUACAGCCUGCUCGUCCUCUGUCCCUGUCGUUGUCUAAUGACAGACCCCAGUCCCUUUAUCUGCAGAAGUGAGGAGGCGGGCUAACCGUAGUUCCCUCGGCCACCCACAGUGUCUCCCUCACGGGAGUGAGCCUUUGCUGAAGCCGAGAGGUGGCGUGUCAGUGCCUCCAGGAGCCUUCAGGUGAGCCGAGGAGACCGCGGGCGCAGGUGCCAUGGGCGCAGGUGCCAUAGUGAGAACAGCAAAGAUGUAAUAAGCUUGAAUAGUGAAGAGGAUCUGGGGAGUGUUUGACGCAAAACACUGUCUCUGCUUCUAGUAUUUUUAAAUACCUCUGUCCCCUUAGUGGUUUGAUUAUUAUGUCAGUGUUUUAAAAAAAAAUCUGGAUUUUUCUAAUGACCACGUCCAUAAGGGUGUUAUUUAGAGUUUACGUAUCAGCUUCUGAGCAAAGGUCUCUGUGGUGCCAAAUAGAAUCACAUAGUGUGGAUGUAUGCCUCUGGCCGGAAUCUGUUCACAUGGGGUUAAUGUCAAGUCCUGUUGGCCAGCCAUCUGUGGAAUUUUCCACAAGCCCAGCCAGCCCUGCUCUCUGAUGGGUUGUUAUUUCCUAGAACACUGAAGUGAGUUUAUUUCAUUGACAAAACAAAGGAGAACCCCUGGGUUUCUUGUCCUGGGCUUUGGCUGUGACCAAGCUGCCAAUGCAGCAUAAUGCUGUCACUUGGCUAAUCAGCCCCUUCCGUGGACAGACUAAGUUGUAUCAUCCAGCUCUGGGUAAUGAGAGUCUCUCUCUGACCUGUCUGCUGCUUCUGGUUGUGAUGUUGGGCUCUUGGGUGGGGAAAGCUGCCCUUUGAGGCCCAUCAGAAAUCCCAAUGUGAACAAAAGCGGUCUAUUUAUUCAGUCUGUAUUUUAUAUCCUGCAGUAAGGUAAAGACAUGCUUGUGGACGCACAUGUAUUCCAUGUAUAUAAUAUAUACUGGAACAUGAAUAUAUGUGUAUCAAUAGUAAUCGUUUCCUGAAAUUUUUAAUAAUUACUUAAAAGAUUUGGUUGCUGCUGCAAAUGGAAUUUUAUCAUCUGUUUUUAAAAUUCCUGGUAGAGGCCUGACGAGGACUGGGAAGGCAACCUGAGUUCAGUCUUUGCGCCCCACAUGAUGGGAGAGAACUGCUUUUCUCGCAAGUUACCCUGCCUUCCACGAGUGUGAUACGGCAUGCACGCACACACAGAAUAAGUAAUGAAAAGGUAAACUGUUUUAAAAACUCACUGAUAGAAUCUUGCGUAUUUUUGUCAGCCUUGUCCGAAUGUUGCCUUGUUUGUAAUUUUCUUUCCUUGCCCUUAGAGCUCUCACAGCUCCUUGUAGAGGAAGUUUCUGGGCUGUUUGGUGUAGGUAUUUUUGCUCUCUGGAAAUCUGUGCCCUAGCUGUCUAGUUGUGCCUUCUGCUUACCCUUGGGUUAUGCAGCCAAUCACGAUUCUGUGAUGACUGAAUUGUUGGCCUUUAUCAGUGCAACUUAGUGUAUAGACGGGAAUGCUGUAUGCUGGGGGAAUGUAUUUUUCAAGUCUGAUGGGAAAAGAAAGUAAGUCCACAAGUGGAGGAACGGUGAACCCCAAACACAGAAAAUAACAAGACACAUCAAAGUAAAACUCUAAGGUCUGGUGAGAAAACUCAGCUGGUAAUGGUGCCUGUUCUGCAAGCCAGCAACCCAGGUCGCUUGUAGAGGUGGACAGAGACCCAGCUCCACAAGUUUGUCCUCUGACCUCGUACGCGAACUGCGGUGCACCCAUGCACACACAGAAUAACAAUAGUUUUUAAAGUUGUUUAAAAAAUUAUGACACAAAAAUUAAAACUAAAUGGAAAAAUAUCUUUAAAAGCAGCCAAAGGGAACAGCAACAUGUAGGGUCUGUGAGCUUCCUACACCUACAGCUUCUGGAAGAAACUACCACCCUAACCAGAAGAACGGAUCUCAUCUCACAGAACCAGGGCAGCAAGUCAGGCCCAGCGCUGCAGGCCUGCCCUCUAGGGACUGUUGGAGGCUGCCUGGGUUUCUGCCGUAUCGUCUGCCUGCAGGUUGUGCCAGCAUGUUCUCACUGCGUGUGUCUUUGUACGUCUGAUCUGGGUUCCAUCUUACUCAAGCAUGACCUCAUCUUAAUGACUGACAUCUGUAACGGCCUUAUUUCCAUAAGGUCACAUUCGAGGUAUUAGAGGCCGUGAGGUAUCUUUUGGUAAAUCCUAAAAUUUACCCCCAUGUUUACCAAAUUAAAAUAACAAUAGAUGUUU